AUCUGUGUUUCAUAGUUAUCAGUAAUAGCGUCAGCAAAUAUAACCUCAAGAAAAUAAUAUAAUAUUGAAACUACGGCGCUUUUUUUACUUUCGUUUACAAUCUAAGCAAGGCAUCCAAGUGUUCAACAAUCCAAGUGCUUUGAAACUAAACCAGUGCCAUAUAAAUGCGGUUGAGAUCCUAGUUUGCUGAACAGUUUUAUUAAGUCUGGCGACUUGUAGCUCCAAAUAUUAUAUAUUCCCUAUACCUCUGCAUGGUGAAACUAAUGUCCUUAUUAUAAGGCGACCCAACACGAUUGAUUUAUCAAAAUGUUGGCCUAAAAACUGUGAAGCCUGAAAGAAUGCUAUGAUAUAUGUGUGGCUUGGGUCAGUUGGGAAUCGAAUGCGCCAAACUUCUGCGGACGCAGUAUGGUAGCCACAAUGUGAUUCUCUCGGACAUUAUAAAGCCCAGUCAGUCGGUCCUGGAGAAUGGUCCCUACAUUUUUGCCGACAUCCUGGACUUUAAGGGCCUCCAGAAGAUCGUUGUGGACCAUCGUAUCGACUGGCUGAUCCACUUCUCGGCUCUACUGAGUGCAGUGGGGGAACAAAACGUUCCACUGGCUGUGCGGGUCAACAUCGAGGGUGUUCACAACGUCAUCGAACUGGCGAAGCAGUACAAGCUCCGCAUCUUCGUACCAAGCACAAUCGGAGCUUUCGGCCCCGACAGUCCGCGCAAUCCCACGCCCAAUGUUACGAUCCAACGGCCGCGCACUAUUUACGGCGUUUCCAAGGUGCACGCCGAGCUAAUUGGCGAAUAUUACUACCACAAGUUUGGACUGGACUUCAGAUGCCUGCGCUUCCCCGGAGUGAUUUCCAGUGAUCCGCCGGGCGGAGGCACCACAGAUUACGCAGUGGCCGUUUUCCAUGAAGCCCUGCGACAUGGAAAGUACACCUGCUACCUGCGUCCUGACACAAGACUGCCCAUGAUGUAUAUUGAAGAUUGUUUGCGAGCUCUCCUGGAGUUCAUGCGUGCACCCAAUGAGCAGCUAAAGCGCCGCGUCUACAACGUUACCGCCAUGUCCUUCACUCCCGAGGAGCUGUUCGCCCAGCUGGGCAAGCACGUGCCCAAUCUGCACGUGACUUACAAGCCGGAUAGCCGCCAGUUGAUCGCAGAUGCCUGGCCGCAGGUGUUUGAUGACUCUGAUGCGCGGAGGGACUGGCACUGGCAGCACAAGUACGACCUGGUCAACCUGGUGGAUUUCAUGAUCAAGGACGUGCAGGAUAACUACAUCAAUGUGCAGCCAGAGCAGCAAACUCUGCAGAUCUAAAACGUGGGAUCAAACAACCGCAUCUAGUAUUGCUAAGUAAUGAAAUUCAAUCGCAUUUAACACUGCAUUUAUCUAGUGAAUAGCAACACAAACCACUGUACCGUUACCUUUUAAAAUACAGUAAGGCAUUUAUUGGAAA